AUGUGCUGCCAGACCAGAGAAAGGACCGUGGGAUGUUUGCUGCUGGUCUCUGCCCUCUGCCUGGCUGUCUGCGAAGGCAACAAGAGUGAGCUGGGGAGCCCACACAGCCUGAGGCGAGGGGUUGCCCUCCGUCUCAAGAAGAGCCCAGACGCCUGCCUGCCAAACCCGUGCCAGCACCAGGGGGACUGCCAGGUGGUGGCAGACAGAGCAGUGUGCAGCUGCAAACCGGGCUUCACAGGGGCGUUCUGCCAAGAUGUGGUACUGAAGUUGACCUGCGAGGAAGAGCACAUGAAGAUGAUGGUGAGGAAGGAGGUGUUUGAGCUCUUGAAAAUCCCCCGGGAGCUUGUCCACCUGAGGAACCAGGCAUGCAAGGUCUCAGAAAGGGAAGAAGAGGGCGAGCUGUUUUUUGCCGCCACUCUUACAGGUGAAAAUCACACUGCCUGUGGAUCAAUAAUUCAGCAAAACAGCUCCCACGUGUUGUACUCCAACGUCAUUGAGUCAGAGCGGGAAGUGCACAGGGGCGUGAUCUCCCGGACUUUUCAGCUGGAGGUGCAUUUCUCUUGUGUCUACGCCUAUGAGCAGGUGGUAAAGCUGCCCUUUGCUCUCACUGCUGUCGACAAGCUGGUGCAGUUUGUGGUCAGAGAAGGACAUUUCAAUGUCAGCAUGAGACUGUACAAGACUCCCUCCUACCUCCAGCCCUAUCACCUGCCAACCACAGCCAUCCCUGUCACGGACACCCUUUUUCUGAAGAUAGAAGGGCAGCACCAGCGCAAGUACUUCCUGCUCAGCGUUGGGGACUGCUGGGCCACACCAGGUGCGGAUCCCUACCAGGAUGUGCGGCAUGAGCUCAUCGAGAAGGGGUGUCCCCACGAUGAGACGGUGACGUACCUGAAUGCCAUUGGAGAGAGCACCACCGCCAAGUUCAGCUUCCAGAUGUUUCAGUUUGUUGGUUACCCCGAGGUAUUCCUACACUGCCGUGUCCAGCUCUGUCUCCCCGACAGCCCGGAGCCCUGUGCCAAGCAAUGCCCCAGCCGCCAGAGAAGCAAGCGGGCUCUGGCCGAUAACUACAAUAAGAUCGUCUCCUACGGGCCCAUCCACCUUCUGGCUGCUCCUUCCUUGGGGGCAGAGACCCACCAUUCCAGGACUGACCAGCAGGACCCAGGGGGACCCAACCCCUGGCUCCCUGGGGGCCUUAUCCUGCUGUGCACACUUGCUGUGCUCACCAUGGCUGCUGCGGCUGUCAGCACGAGGCGAACAACAGCAUAGAAAACCUCUGUUU